AAGCACUUCUCUCGUCUUUACACUCCCAAGUCUAGUAAUGGCUUCUUCACACUGUUCCAUAGCUCUUCUCUGUCUUCUUGUCUUCUGCUUCAUCUCUGCAAACUCUGUCUCUUCCUCUUCCCAUUACUCCGACGAGCAGGAAUCUGUAUAUCAAGUUUUGGAAGCGAUCAACUCUGGCAUCGAUUGGCGUUCUCUCUUCCCUGACGAUUUCUGCGACUCAGCUCCUCAUGGCAUCGUCUGUGAGUAUUUCUUCGACGACAAUGGUACCAUUAGUACUCCUCACAUUACAGAGCUCAACUUCGGCUACGUUUCAGAUUUCUCUCCUAACCCACCUUGUUCUUUUAAUUCCACGCUCUCUCCUCGACUUUCCUCCUUCACCUACCUACGCAAGCUCUUCUUCUACCAAUGUUUCACAGCAACCAUGGUUUCAUUUCCUGGGUUUCUCUCAACUUUGGGUUCUACCUUAGAAGAACUCGUGUUCAUCGAUAACCCUUCUCUGGUAGGGACUCUGAGUGGGAAUCUCGGCAACUUAACCGCUCUCAGGAGGUUCAUUCUCAGUGGGAGCAGUGUUUCUGGAGAAAUCCCAGAUGAGAUUGGUGGUUUACUCGAGCUCGAAGAGGUUACAAUCAGCAGAAAUCCCUUCCAUGGAGUAGUUCCCCAGAGCUUAGGGAACUUGAAGAAACUGAAAGUGCUCGACCUCAGCUACAAUGGGUUAAAAGGGAAUCUCCCUGACUCAAUCGGGAAGAUGACAGAGCUGGUGAAGCUUGAUUUGGGUUCGAAUCGCUUUGAUGGGGGAAUCCCUGAGAGCCUAGUGGGUCUCCAGGAACUGGAGUUCUUGGACUUGAGCUAUAACCAUUUUGGCAACUUUGGGAUUCCGCCAUUUUUAGCAGAGAUGCCCAGACUGAGGGAAGUGUACUUGAGUGGGAACCCACUAGGAGGCCAGAUACCAGAAAUUUGGGAGAAGCUUGGGGGUAUUUUGAGGUUAGGGCUAUCAGGGUUGGGCCUAGAUGGUAAAAUUCCUGCUUCCAUGGGGGUAUCACUGAGAAACAUUUGUUUCCUAGGGCUGGAUCACAACAACCUUGAAGGAACAGUGCCGGAGGAAUUUGGGUUUCUGGAGUCUGUGCUUGAGAUGAACCUGGAGAACAACAGAUUGACUGGAAGGCUUCCGUUCUCUGCUAAAUUUUCAGCCAGAAUUGGAAAAAAGCUGAAGUUGGCUGGGAAUCCUAAUCUUUGUAUCGAUGGGGAAGCUCAAGAGAACGGCAGUUUGGGGUAUUUGAAAUUCUGCAACAAACCCAGUAAACCAGAUGCUGUUUUGUUCUCAUCCUCUGAGAGUUCUUCACCAGUACAAUCUUCUCUGCUUCUCAUUAUCUUCUUAGGGUUGUUUCUAACUUUUUGUUUAUAGAUCAGGAGUUCAGCUUAGAAAGAGGUUGAGAGGAAGAUAUACUGAAAUUUAUACUUCGACAACCUUUCCAUUUUUAUGGGUUGGGUUUUGCAGUGACAGAUGUUUAUAGUUUGUAGAGUUUCAGUGAUCAUUAAGUGUAAUGUGUUUGAUUUUCAGGCUUUAAACACUUCUAAGCUCUCGUCUCAUUCAA